AUGUCCUUUAGAGGCGGAAAAGGAAACAGAGGUGGUUUCGGUCAGAACAUCGCGUUCGCCAAUAAUGGCAAUAGACAGAAUAACGAGGUGGAAGUUGAGAUAUUUGGUUGGAAUGGAGCCUCUCCGGCCGAAUGUAUAGCCUUCAUUCUGAGGAAGUGUAAGGUCACAGUGACAAAUUAUUCGGUCAAUACUUCUACUGGAGGGCUCCGUGGUUUCGUUCGUUCGUCAUACGACGCUGAUCUGUUAACCAACUGGUCUGGGGUAAGAUUCGCUGGUGACAGUUUGAAGAUCACCAAGGUUAACAAUCAAGCAGGCGGCUUUGGCCAGUCCAUGAGUGCUCCAAAUCAGGGAGGCGGCGACAACGCUAUUGAAACCCUCACGAUGUUCCUCAAGCUGAGGUAUAAUGCCGACAUCAAGCUCUUGAACUUGAGCUCUGUCCAACUGGACCCAACACUCUCCGCCAAGGGCUACUUCGGUAGUAUAUCCACGACUUCGAAAUUCUUCCCAGCAUUGAUGAAGAUUGCCGGAGACUUGAAGUUGGAAGUCACCAGCGCCGACCUUUCUAACAACAACUUGACUGACCUCUCGACCAUAUCGACAUUGGCAGUAACAUUUCCUAAUUUGCAAAAUUUGGCAUUGCUGAAUAACAGACUAGCUCGUGUCAAGAUUUUUGAAUCGUGGAAGAAAAAGCUUAGCUCUUUGAGGGAGCUCAUUCUUGCUGGAAAUCCCCUCCUUAAUACCACCAAUCCCAGCGAGAUAACUACCAUCAAAUCUGAACUUCUCAAGGUUUUUCCACGUCUCGUUGUUUUGGACGGAGAGGUUCUUAGAAAUGAAGAAAUGCUUCGGAAGAACCUUACUUUACCUUUUGAGCGCCCUCAAGCAAUGUUUUUCCAAGAUUCUGAAGCCCAAGCCCUCUCAACUAACUUCAUCGCAAAUUUCUACAAGUUGUGGGACAGUGAUCGUAAGCAGCUCAUGGUUCUCUAUCAGAACGAAUCGCAAUUUUCAUACCAAGUUGACUCAUCCUCCCCUCGGGCAUUCGAUCCAAAGGACACUCCGGAUUAUGGCUAUUAUAUUCCUCAGUCAAGAAACCUCACUAGACUUUCGUCAGUCAAAGCGAGAAUGAGUAAACUUGCUCAUGGACAGGAGCAGAUCUACAAACUCUUCACCCAGUUACCCAAAACCCAGCAUGAUCUCAUGACGAAACCCGAUGACUUCAGCAUGGAGACUUACCGCCUACCUCAGAUGGGCGCAAUUUGCAUUACUUUACAUGGAAGCUUUCAGGAGACUGCUCCACCCGACAAUUUGGAACAGGUUAACAACAACCAGCAUCACAACAGAAACAAGUACCAGUCCAAGAAGUCCAAAAUUCCUUUAGGAAGGAAAGGUUUCGACAGAACUUUGAUUGUGAUACCUGGGCCUGACAGUAGUAUGAUUGUGGCUAGUGAUCUAUUGUGCAUAAGAGCGGAGGUUGAUUCCAAGGCCUUUAGGCCUGAUCCAAGUGCACCUGUUCCAGCACAGACUACUCCAUCGCCAGCACCUGGUGUUGGAGCCUCAGUAUCACCACCAGGACCUACAAUCAACCCAACUGGUACUCCAACACCUGCUCCUGGUGUUCCUACUGCUGCCGAUCUUCCUGCUGAAGUCAAGGCCAACUUCAACGCUGUUCAACAAGAGCUUCUUGUGAAGAUCCUCUUGGAGACCAAACUCAAUAUCCAAUACGGAGUCAUGCUUUGCCAACAGAGUAAUUGGGACUACCAACAAUGCAUCACCAAUUUUAAGUCGUCUGCGUCAUCGCUUCCACCAGACGCUUUCGUACGCUAA